CCGAGAUUGUUCGACUCCGACUUUGAUCUCUUUCUUCCCCUCUGGCUCUCCUCCCGUUUGGCUCGCCAUGACGCGAGCCCCCGCCCCAGCAGCUGCUCCCGGCGCCGAAGCAACCGCGGCGGCGUCCCCGGCGGGCGAGCGCGUUGAGCAGGCAAGCACCAGCUCGCGGGCGACGACGGGUUCGCCGGCCGUGCCUGGACCUGGAGGACGUCCGGAGGCGCCGAGCGUCGCUGGGACCGGGAGAGACGGUGGCGGAGGGCCCGCGCGGACCGCGGAGGGCGACGAGCGCGCGCGUCUGGUCGUGACGACGAUGCCGCCGCCGGUGGGCGCCACGGCGGCGGGGGGCGUGGCUGUGGCCGUGCCUGUGCAGGCGCCUGAGACCAGGCCGUGGGCGCGGUCGAGGUCGAUGUCGUCCGUCACGUGGGCGAAGCUCGUGGUCGGAUUGCUGCUCCUCGUUCUGCUCGGCUACGCAUUCUUCAAGUGGGGCGUCCCGUAUCUCUCGGAGAAGGUAAUCAUGCCAAUUAUUCAAUGGGAAGCAAAAUCAUUUGGCCGCCCCGUGUUAGCGGUGGUCAUAAUCACUUCUCUAGCGCUGUUCCCUGUGGUGUUGCUGCCUUCUGGUCCUCCAAUGUGGUUAACAGGAAUAGUUUUCGGCUAUGGUAUCGGCUUCUUGAUCAUCAUGGCCGGUGUCACCAUUGGCAUGUCUUUACCUUAUUGGAUUGGCCUAUUGUUUCGUGACCGCCUGAAUCUCUGGUUGGAAAAGAAAUGGCCACGACAGAUUGCUCUGAUUAAACUGGCAGGUCAAGGGAGUUGGUUCCAGCAAUUCCGGGUGGCUGCAUUGCUAAGAAUCUCACCGUUCCCAUAUCCAUUGUUCAACUAUGCUGUAACUGUGACGGAGAUGAAGUUCAUCCCUUACAUAUGUGGUUCGGUUGUUGGAAUGGUGCCUGAUGUGUUCAUCAACAUCUACAGUGGGCGGCUGAUACGCACAUUGGCUGAGCUGAAUUAUCACGAGCACCGAAUGACAACAGUUGAGAUAGUGUACAACGUUGUAUCUGUAAUUGUUGCCAUCGUCUUUGCGAUUGGAUUUACAGUAUAUGCGAGACGAGCUUUGGAUAACAUGGAACGUUCCGAAGCCAUCUGCACUGAACCUGUCGGCGCCCCUGCCGGAUCGACUGAGUUCAGAGAUCAGCUUGAGGGAUGUUCAACUGCACGUUCCGUACCAAUCGAUGUUGUAUAAUAACAAAUACUGUACAGUACACGUGUAAGGACUGAUUGCUUUAAAGUUCCAUUAAUGUACAUAUUCAUGUACAUACAACAUGCUAGAUUGGUAGAAGAAAAAGCUUAACGGUGUAACUGCUACGUACUAGUAUACUGUAAAUCUGUACUGUCCUGACUCCUGAUGCUGUUAAGCUGUUGCUGUUCAGGCGCGCAUGUUGUGUGAUUAUUGCUUCUUCA